AUGACUACUAUGCGCACAUUUUUGGUGUCACCAUGGCUGGUUCAUUUUGCACUUUGCAUUGUGGUGCUGGUAUGUGGGUCCAUUAACAAUCAUGGCGAACGAAAAUAUAUUCCGAUUGACGUGGAAAAGUAUUCACAUUCACAAGCAGAAGAAUGCCACAAAGCAUUCGUCAAUGUCUUUUCGUCGUCCAUGGAGGACGAGAGAGCCUUGAUAUGCUGUGGCAAGAAUUUGGAUGAUGAUUUGUCCUCUACUGCAUAUUCAGGGAUAUGCCAACCACCGCCACCAUAUCUGCUGUUUUCACGACGAUUGGCCCGCUUCCCCGAUGCCUGGUUGCUCCCGCUCUUUCCAGUAUUACUCCGAAUCAUCACAGCGCUGUUUACUGGGAGUACUGCAACCGCCGCCGAAGUUCACACCAAACGCCGCUUAUACUUUUACAUUAUCCUCAUUCAAUUGCGGGGUUGGAUUCUCUAUCUACUCUUUGAUAUGAUUGAGGAAAUAUUUGUGUCAUCACCCGGAACUCAAUGUUGGUACUCUCAUUUGUUACAAUCGCACUAUCAUGAAUGUCAAGGGAGAGUGACGGAUUUCUCGGAUCACAUCGUCCUAUACUUUGCCCAAAUAUUACCCAUUGCCUUGGUGGAAGUAAUACACUCCUUUGCAGUCCCAUACUGGCAAUCAGCCAUUAAGAACAGCAUGAGCUCGAGAAUGGGAGUGCUGCGUUGGUUUCUAUCGAGUGCACGGUUGAUUCCCACCUUGUUGCUCUUGUGGCUCGGAAAUCUGUACGUCAUUACCUUUUUCGGCGCCUACAAGACGGCCAUGUUCUUUCACACGGGACCAGAGAUUUGGAUUGGAUAUCUGGUGAGCCUGUUGCUCCAGAUUCCACUCUGUAUAGUACAAUGCACCCAGGCCUUUCCGGCAUUGACGACCUAUCUGUUUGGAACUCUGGCAAUUUGA